AUGGCUGGUCUUUCGGUCUACAGUGCGACACUGGCAGCAUGUGAGGGCAGCUGUGCGUGGCGCAAGUCGCUGCUGUUGCUGUCGGACUUGUCGUCCAAGCGGCUGGUUGGCAACGUUAUGACAAACAACUCCGCCAUCUCUUCAUGUGCAAAAGCUCAAGAAUGGCAGCUGGCUCUAAUGCUUUUCACAGACCUUCUUGUAAAAGAGCAGUUUGACUCGUUUUCCUGCGAAAUUGCCUUAGCUUUCUGCGAGGCCGGCUGCGCUGCCCUGGCAGCAUGCAAGUUUCUCACCGAAUUGGGGCGAUUUGCCUUUGUAGCUCUGAAAACGAGAGAAGCUCGGAAAGCAGCUCUCGAAGAGCAAGAGAAGAAGGCGAAAGAGGAGGAGGUAUCCUUGGUUCGAAGCUCGUCCCAGGACAGGGAAGUUGCCCAACGCCUUCAAUCUCUGGGCUCAGAGGACCCGGAACACAAAGACGCACAGAACCACCAGCAAUCCAUGCCGAAGCCUCCCAUUGCCGCACAGUUGCUUCCGAAAACGUUUGAUACCCUUAUAACCUAUGAGAACCUUAGCUUCUGGUUCCGUAGCUCGCCGCCAACGAUGGGUCACGCACCGAGUGUGAUCGCUGGGCCCAGCAUCCUCGCGGCGCUCACCGCGCCAGGGCUGCGCCCCUCGCUGGUCUCAAAUGCUGCCACGCUGCAGCAGCGGCACCACUUGGCCCAGGCGCGGCACCGUGCGACUCCGCUGACUGCAGCGGUGCUUCCCGUGCUGUGUGCCUCAGGCGGUGCUGCCGUCUCCCGCUGCUCACGCGGCCCGAGGCUGCGACCACGGUGCACGAGGGCCUGCCAGGUCGUGAGCGUGGAGGAGGCCGUGAAGCAGGUGAAGGGGUUUCAUCUCUUCCCGGAGUUCCUGACGGAGGAGGAGGGGCAUGAGCUGGCCGAGUUCUUGGACAACGGGGACCCCGAGUGGCGGCAGGAGCAGUUCGGAGUUCCUACUCUAUACCGUGUGAAGCACUUCGGCGUUCUGGGAUCACUGAGGCCGCGUGUGGUGCGCCUUCCCGAUCCUAAGCUCGGCGAAGUGGACCUGCCAUCCGAUGGCAUCCUCGGGCAGGUGUCACAGAGGCUCUCGCAACCAGGACUCCCAUGGAGCCGCUGCCUGAAGGGAUUCGUGGCAAAUGAGGCCAAUGUGAACGAUUACAGCCGUGACGGCUCCAGGCUACUUCUCCACUGGGACGAUCGUGGCCUUUACGAAGAGUGCGUCUGCUCCGUCACGGUCAUGGGCGAAUGCAUGAUGACUUUCCAGCUGGGAGGGAGGUCUAACCUCAGCUCCUCGUCGUCCUCGUCCGAGACUCAAGGAGUUGCACCAUUGCGCGUCGCCAUCCCGGCUCGCUCCCUGCUGGUGCUGCGCGGCGCUGCACGCUAUGAAUGGCAACAUGGCAUUCCCGAGCCUGAAGACUUCCUCUCGAAGCGGCGCGUGGCCAUCAUCUUCCGCCGCGUCAAGGGCACGCCUCGCUCAUCCGCGACCUCGGGGAACCUGGCGCGAUCGGAGGCAUGCCGAAGACCAAAUGCUCCACGCCGCGCAAUGGUCAUCAGCACAAACUGGCCUGACCCAGAUGUGUCUGCAGCCGGUCGGGUGACUUCUGGCCGGCUUCGGCUGCUGCGCAGCUUCUGCAGCCUCGAAUCUGGCAAUGCGGUAUCCUUUGCUUCGGCGGCCCGUCCCGGCAGUGCUCAGGGAAAGCUGUCGGCCGCAAAUGAUGUGCAGUGCUUUCGUAUCAAGACCAACGAUGAGGCCUCUGUGGUGGCGGCGCUCGAAUCUGCUGGAAAUCCAGAACUGGUCCUGUUCGAUGGCUUCAAUGCUGAAGAGAGGUUUGGGCACUAUGUCCGAGACAAGCUGCCGGACAGCAUGCGCAUCCUGGACAUGCAAGACUUCCAUGCUCUUCGUCUGGGUCGUGAGCGUCUGAUUGAAGAUGCCGCGGAUGCCAGCACGGUUGUAUCCUACCGCCCGACAGCCUUUGACGACGACUUGCAGCGCGAGCUGGCGUCCAUCCACCGAUGCGAUGCGACGCUCGCCAUCUCGGAGGAUGAGAGGAAGCUUCUAGUGGACACCUAUGGCGUGCCUGGCUGGAAGGUCUUUGCAGCCCCCUUCGGCUUUGCCCGGUCUGGUGCUCUUCCAGGGUAUGAAGAUCGGCAGGGCGCCAUGUUUAUCGGGAACUGGCGCCACAGACCAAAUCGGGACUGCGCCAAGUGGCUGAUCCAAGAGGUAUGGCCACUGGUGCGCCAGCGGUUUCCCGACCUGGAGCUGAGUGUCUAUGGCGCAAAUCAGACUCCAGACGAUGCUGCCCUGACUCAAGAGAGUCUCGGUGCCUAUGUGCGCGGCUACUGCCGCUCGGUGCAGAAAGCCAUGCGGCAACACCGGCUUCUGGUGGCGCCAUUGCGCUAUGGCGCCGGUGUGAAGGGAAAGGUCCUGGAGGCCAUGCAGCAUGGCCUAGUCGUGGUCACCACCCCCGUGGGCGUGGAGGGCAUUGCCUCGCCUGAGAGCUUCCCGGGCUAUGUGGUGCAGACGGGAGGGGAGGACGCAGGGGCCUUCGCCGAGGGCAUUGCAGAAGCCUUGCGUGAUCCGUGCCGGUGGCAGGAGCAACAGCAGCGGGCCACGGAGCUCCUUAUUGAGCACUUCGAUGAGUAG